CAUCCUGAGAUAAAAAAACGAAGAGCAGAGUCUAUUACAAAAUCAAGAGCUGCCGUCUCUAAAGCUGAUAUAGAAAAAUGGUUUAAUGAAAUUGAAAACUAUUUAAAAGAAGAAGGUAUGAUUGACAUACUAAAAUACCCAAAUAGGAUAUACAAUGCAGACGAAACCGGGUUUAGCCUUGAUCCUAAAUCUGGUAUUGUCCUUGGGCCGGCGAAAUUGGAAGAAGACUUUUAUGAGAGAAAAUCUAAUGCAGAAAAAGAGCAAAUAACUGUUAUGGCCUGUUUUUCAGCCGAUGGUAUCACAGUUCCACCAAUGGUCAUAUAUCCGUACAAAAAAAUACCAAAGGAUAUAGUUAAUUCUGCACCACCAGAAUGGGCAGUGGGACGAUCAGACUCCGGAUGGAUGAACUCGGAAGUAUUUUAUGAGUAUAUCGGCAACCAUUUUUUGCCCUAUCUCAAAGAAAAAAAUAUACCACAACCUGUUUUGUUUUUCGUGGAUGGACAUAUGUCCCAUCUAACUAAACAAGUCAGCGAAUUAUGUGAAGCAAGUGGUAUUAUCCUGGUUGCUCUUUUCCCCAACGCCACUCAUAUUCUCCAACCAGCCGAUGUUUCAAUUUUUAAACCUUUAAAAACUGGUUGGCAGACAAUAGUAAGAACAUGGAAAUUUGAAAACUUUCCGAAGGAUGUAACAAAGUAUACAUUUGCAACCAUUCUAAGUACGGUUUUUAAAAAAUAUGCAACGGAAAGUACAAUACGCAACGGUUUUAGAAAAUGUGGACUGUUUCCUUUUGAAAAAAGCAAUGUUGAUUACACCAAAUGUGUUUCCACUCGGCAAGUUGUAGAUCCUACAAAUCUAUCAGAUAUUAAAAACACAAUUAUUACAAAAGGGAAUAUAUUAUCCGAACUUGAGAAAAAAAUACCACCACUUGAAUUGAAUCAUUUCAGAACAAAUUUCGACAAUAAAGAUGACUGGAAGGGAGACUUACAAUUUAAGAAACUUUAUGAGGUUUGGGCAGAAUUUAAAAAUGAAGCUUUAUUAGUAACAAAUAAACAUAAACAUGUCACUGGGGAGGAUGACUCUAACUUAAUGGAAGGAAAUGAAGAAAUGUCAAUAUCGUUUUCAGUUCCAACAGCGUCAACUUCAACUCCAAACGGUAAGCAGAGAGAAGAGAGUGUAAUUCUUCCAAAUGAAGAACAGUCACAGAACGGGAACAGCACUAUUUUACAAGAUAAAAGUACUACUUCACUAAAUGUUUCAGAGUCAUUUCUUUCACCGGAUAAAUUAGAAAACGUUGCGCUCUAUAAGGACAAAGAAGACCAAGGAUAUGUGGUUAGCACUCCUUUCAAAAAAUGUCUCAUUUUUCCUAAGACUCCUGAAAAAGAACCACCCAAAAGAAAACGAAAAAUAUUUCCAGCAGUUGUAUCCACUACACUUCACAGGGCCCAUUAUGAUAAUAUAACGUCUAAAAGUGGCCCUUCAAAACAAUCACAAAUUAAAAUAAAAAAGCCUGCAGUAAAGAGAAAAGUAAUAAGCGAAUCUGAAUCUUCUGCCGAUGAUGUUCCUUACUGUGAUGAAGAUCUAGAUGCGAGUGAUGUUGAAAAUUAUACGAUCAAAAAUAUUCAUGAUGGAGAUUUUGUUAUUAUCAAAUACAAUGGAAAUCUUUAUCCAGGAAAAGUGAUAAAAGCUAACCAGGAAGGAGCAGAAGUUUCGUCAAUGGAAAAAGCAGGCUAUGACUGGAAAUGGCCAGAAAAAGAAGAUGUAUUAUUUUAUUUUUAUGAGGACAUUAAAAAGAUUAUAAGGGAACCAUUAGUUAAAGGCAAACGGGGUUAUUACUCAGUACCAGAACUAUCUAGUUUUCUUUAAAGUGCGUUAUACAAUUUUUAAGUGAAACAUUUUUUUGUAGGACAUCACGGGCGUAGCCAGGUUUUAGUUUCGGGAGGGGUUUAAGAAAAUAAAACGACAAAAAGUACAUAAAAUAACCCUUAUAUUCAUAAGAAAAAUUUUAUAAAUCUUAAUAUUUAACUUUUAGGGGGGGGGUUGAAACCCGAACC